CUCCCUUUUCGACGCAACCCUUACAGGAAAUAGAAAGUGAAAUAGAAAGCCAGCUGCCAUCCCUUGAGUCCCUUGAAAAGGAUACCUCAAGCUCUCUAAAUUGCUCCUUAAUAGGUACAUUUCCCCAAUGGCCUCCACAAUGCCCUUGGAAAAGAUGUGGGAGGAGGUCACAUGCUCUAUCUGCCUGGAUCCCACUGUGGAGCCAGUGAGCAUUGACUGUGGCCACAGCUUCUGCCAUGAAUGUAUCUCUCUGGUCGGGAAAGGUGGAGGCGGCUCCUGUCCUGUGUGCCGGAAAACAUUCCUGAUCAAGAACUUCCGGCCCAAUCUCCAGCUAGCCAAUAUGGUGGACAACCUAAGAAAAAUUAACCAAGAUGCCAAGGAGGGUACAAAGGGGGAGCGAUGUGGGGUGCAUGGAGAGAAACUUCACGUAUUUUGCGAGAGAGAUGGGAAGGCUCUUUGCUGGGUGUGUUCCCAGUCCCGGAAACACCGUGACCACCCAAUGGUCCCAAUUGAGGAGGCUGUUCAGGAGUACCAGGAGAAGGUCCAGGAGGCAUUAAGGAAACUGAGAAAAGAGCAAGAGAUCGCGGAGAAGUUGGAAGUGGAUAUUGCAAUGAAGAGAACAGCCUGGAAGGGGAAGGUUGAGACACACAGAUUGCGAAUUCAUGCAGAGUUUGAGCAGCAGAAAAAGUUCCUGGCUGAAGAGGAACAGAGGCAAAUGCAGAAGCUGGAGAAGGAAGAGAAGGAAGAGCUGAGAAUCCUGGGGGAGACAGAGACCAAACUGGCCCAGCAAAGCCAGGUCCUGCAGGAGCUAGUCUCAGAGCUGGAAAGGAGAAGCCGGAGCUCAGAGUUGGAGCUGCUGCAGGAGGUGAAAAGUAUCCUGAAAAGGUGUGAGUCCUGGAACCUGCAACAGCUGAAUGUCGUCUCCCCAGACCUGAGGAGUGUGUGCCAUGUGCCAGGGCUGAAGUGGAUGCUGAGGACAUGUGGAGUAUACAUCACUCUGGAUCCACACACAGCCCAUCCGUGCCUCAUCAUCUCAGAAAAUCAGAGACAAGUGAGGCUUGGAAACACCCAGAAGAAGCUGCCUGAAAAUGAGGAGAGAUUUGAUACUUAUCCCAUGGUCUUGGGUACCCAGCACUUUGACUCUGGAAAAUUUUACUGGGAGGUAGAUGUGACAGGAAAGGACGCCUGGGACCUGGGGGUUUGUAGAGACUCUGUGCAGAGGAAGGGGCAUUUUUUGCUCAACACCAUGAAUGGCUUCUGGACAAUCUGGCUAUGGAACAAACAAAAAUAUGAGGCUGGCACCUGCCCACAGACUACCCUCCACCUUCCAGUGCCUCCACACCAAAUUGGGAUCUUCCUGGACUAUGAGGCCAACACUCUGUCUUUCUAUAACAUCACUGACCAUGGCUCCCUCAUCUACACCUUCUCAGACUGUGCCUUCACUGGACCCGUGCGGCCUUUCUUCAAUACCGGUUUCAAUGAUAGUGGAAGAAAUGCAGCCCCUCUGACCCUCUGUCCUCUGAGCAUGGAGUUAUAGGGAUCCACUGACUGUUGAUGGCUCUCCCUGGUCACUGACACCCCCUUUGUUUAUCCCCCUCCUCAGCCCUGCCUUAUUUUCCCAUGAACUCUGAACCACCUUUGUCCCUGCAGAGGUGUCAGGAUAACAGCAAGCCAAUUUUGACAAGAGGCCACGGAAUAUCUAUGUCAGAUGAUCUUCAAUAUAUCUAUUCCUGCCUUAGGUAGCUUAUGAUUUCUCCAUGAAACAGACUACUUAUAUUUGGUCCAAAUUCAUCUGGAUCAACCAAAAUAUGUUUCUGCCUUCUUUCUGUGACUCAAGUUUUGUUUUCUCCCUGCCAUGUCUAGACCUUUACUCAGAUCUCUAUUUUAUCUUACAGGGUUUGCAAAAGGGUUUCCUAAGUAAAUUUCAUCUUAACCUAUCCCAUUCAAUCCUUGUUCUCAUACACAUCUGGAAUACUCUUUCCAAGACACACACAUCUGAUCAUAGGUGACUCCAUACUGCCUAUAGAAACAGUCACAUUUAUUUUUUUAAAAAACUGAAUUAUGCAUACCUUAGAUUGCCAAAUCACCAUUCCCACCAUUACCUUCCAACCACAUCUUGUUGAUACUGGAAUUGGUUAAAGGACAUGUCAAUAUAAAUGGAAGUUGUGAUGGGUUUUUGUGUGUGUCAACUUGCCUAGGCUCUAAGCCCCGCAUUUUUCAAACACUAGUCUAGAUAUUGUUGUGAAGGAGUUUGAUAGGUGUCAUUGAAGUCCAUAAUGAUUUGACUUGAAGUAAGGGAAAUUGUCAAAGAUAAGCUGAGUGGGCCUAAUUCAGUCAGGUAAAAGGCCUUAAAACAGACCUGAAGCUUCCCUGAAGAAACAGACCUUCUACCUCUAAAGAACAGUUUAAGCUCAUGCCCAAACGUUCUAGCUUUGCUGUCCUGAUGGCCUGCCCUGCAGAAUUUAAAAUUUGUCUUGCCAGUCUCCAUAAUUGUGUAAGUGAAUUCCUUGCAACAAAUGUCAAUAUUUAUCUCUUACUACUUCUGCUUCUCCAGUUAAACCCUGAUUGGUAUAAAGGCCAGGAGUGAGGUUACAGCAUCGCCUAGUGACAGCGCUUUCUUGAGUUUAAACUUUUGAGGUUGGCAUAAUGAAGCUCUAUACCCAAGCAAGAAUAGACUAUGAGAAAGCCAUUAUUCUCCCAGGAUCCCUGGUUCCUUGUCUAAAAUAAAAUCUCAGAUGUGCCCUCAGAGCAGCUGCUAAACAUUUCAUGAAAAAUUCAGGUACUGUAAAAGAUGUCGGUGGCCUUGAAAAGAGUCAUUUUAUUGAUUAAAAAAAAAAAAGACAGUGUUUCUGUCUUAACACUGAACAGAAAGGAGGUCCUUAGGAGGAAGGAUAAAAAGAACAGGAUUCUCAGGCAAGAUGACGACAUUACAGGAGCUAAAUCAAUCUAAGUUGACAAAAUCAACCAGUGCCUUGGUUGAUAAACUGGAAGAAGAUUAUGGAAGAGAACUCAGUCCUGUAUGAAUGGGGAUGUACUGAGGAAUGGUUGGAUUCUGUAUGUCAGGAUCAUGGAGAGAUUUUUUUUUAAAGGAUAGAUUAUAUAUACAUAAUCAGCUUUUCCGCAUCUCUAUGUCUCUGCUUGGGGUGUGCCAAUGUGAAAUGAUGGCUUAUUCCCUUCGAUUGAUAUAUUAGUGGGAGGAGAGUACCAUAAUGAUAUUAACUUAAAUAUUCUCAUUUCUCAAAAUCUAAAUACCUUGGCAUAUUGAGUUACCCUGAUGUUUGGACAGGGAAAUUAUACAGAUGACAUAUUACCAUCUCCUUGGUCUCUACCAAAAUGGAUUAAGUAGUAGAGAUUUUAUAGUAUCUCAGCUUUCAUCCCCACCAAUAAUUAUUAACAAGUAAUCCAGUACACCCCUGCAUGUCACACAAAAAUUCUCUUGAGAAACAAGGAAAAAUUCUACCAGUACCAAUUCUAAUUUUGAUUAAUAUUAUACCUUAAGAUUCAAAUAAGACCUGUGGAUUUUUGUUAUCUCCUUUGAUUAUAUAACUUCCUUUUGAAUUAGAAGAGGCAGAAAUUAUUAAAGCAAAAUUUUAAAGAUAAACAGACUACUACAGAAAGAAGUUGAAAUUCAUGCACUGCUUACUCUGUGUCAUACAUAUUCAAGAUCAUGUUAUUCUUUACAUUUUUAGUUCCAUCACAGCUGUAUGAUAAAAGUUUAACCAAAAAAAAAAUUAAAGAUUAUGUGAUGCUUUUAU